CAGUCACGGCGCGCGCGUGCACGUAAGGAGCGCGAGCUUGGAAGGCUGCGAGUGGAACCGUUACAGCGGCUCAACAGCGAACUUGCGUUAGCAUGUGUUGUUAGUUUUCCGCAGAAAAUCUGGACAAAUGGCCACUCGCAAACAAAGAGGGAUCCCUCUGAGCUCGCUCAAUCCUAAAUUUCUUCACACCAAUUCCACCAGCCAUACCUGGCCCUUCGGCGCCAUUGCGGAGCUUGUUGACAACGCUUACGACCCAGAUGUCCGUGCCAAACAGUUCUGGAUAGACUGGACGCGCAUCAAAGGGCUGGACUGCCUUUCAUUCAUGGAUAAUGGGGCAGGCAUGAACAGAGCCAAACUGCAUAAGAUGCUUAGCUUUGGCUUCAGUGACAAGAAAGCUGUGAGAGACCAUGUUCCAGUAGGCGUUUACGGUAAUGGCUUUAAAUCAGGUUCCAUGCGUCUGGGGAAGGAUGCCAUCGUCUUCACCAAGACCAGAAACAGCAUGAGUAUAGGUCUGUUGUCCCAGUCUUACCUGCAGGCCAUGAAAGCCCAACAGAUCAUGGUGCCCAUGGUCACCUUCAGACGGGAUGAACAAAACCAAAUGGAAGAUGCAGCCAGUUUGGAUGCCAUCCUCGCAUAUUCCCUGUUCAGCACAGAGAAAGAGCUUUUCUCCGAGUUGCGUGCUAUCGGUGCUGUUGGACCCACCGGCACACGCAUCAUUAUCUGGAAUCUGCGAACGACAACAAGUGGCGAAACAGAAUUUGAUUUUGACACAGAUAAAUAUGACAUUCAAAUCCGAGCAAACGCUAGUGAGAAGACCAGUGAGAGCCGGGUCACAAUGCCGGAGAGCAGAUAUUCACUAAGAGCAUACUGUAGCAUUCUGUACCUGAAGCCACGUAUGCAGAUUAACAUUAGAGGACAGAGAGUGAAAACCCAGCUCAUCUCCAAGAGUCUGGCUCACAUUGCCAAUGACAAUUACAGACCUUCAUUCCUAACCAAACGCAUUCGCAUCACCUUCGGGUUCAACACUAAAAGCAGGGAGCAUCAUGGAAUCAUGAUGUAUCACAAAAACAGACUCAUCAAAGCUUAUGAAAGAGUUAGCUGCCAACGCAAGGCAGAGAGAAAGGGUGUUGGAGUCAUUGGUGUGAUUGAAUGUAAUUUCCUCCAGCCAACGCAUAAUAAACAGGACUUUGAUGACACAGAUAAAUACAGAAAAACUAUGCAUAACCUCAGUAUCAAACUGGAAGAGUACUGGAACGAGAUCCGCUACAAACGCAAAAAGGAGGAUCCAAAAUGUACUGUUCCAAUAGAGGACACAGUGAAAGUUCCGGAUCAGGUCUGGGUCCAGUGCGACAGCUGCCUGAAGUGGAGAAGACUUCCAGAUGGCUUUGACUGCAGCCGUCUGCCCGAGAAAUGGUUCUGCAGCAUGAACCAUGACCCGCAAUUCAGGAGCUGUAUGGUGGAAGAGGAACUGGAGGAUCAAGAAGAAGAGCAGAGGUCAUACCCCAAACCCUUCAAACGCCAGAAAAGGAAUAGUAAAAGUCUACAGGAGGAGAAUGUGCCAGAGGGAUUAGAGACUUCAAGCCCGAUAUCUCCUCUGCCAGCCAGACAGCCAAAGAAUACUGUGCUCUGCCAACAAAGUCACUGUGGUCGGUCCACUAAUAGUGGGAACAGCCUCAGUGCUCUCUCACCUACUACUAAUGCUUGCUUAGAAACCAGUUCAUCUCUAGCGCAGAGAUCACCACUGCCACUGAUUAAUCUCACUGCCCUCUCUGAUGCACUAAAAAGGAUGAAACGGAAAUGCUCUUCAAGUGGAGAAAUACCCACAGCAGAGGGCAUCAUGUCUUGUGCACUUUUACCUAACACCCCACCACAAGGGGCUGGCACCUCAAUUCAUGGAAAUUUCAGUCCUGUAAUUAAAAAAGAGGAGAACGAGUUGAAGAAAGUGAAAGGUAGAGAGAGAAACAGGAAUUCAGAUGAACAAAUGAGCAAAAUGGAGAGCCAAAUUAUAGAGAGAUUUGAGGCCUAUCAGGAGCCUGUUGAGGAGGAUGAAGAGGAGUGGCAUGACAACGAGGAAUCAACCACCACAGAAACAGGUUACCAUUCAACUCCAGAGGACAUAACAGAAUCAGAUUGUAAACAGGAUGGGGAAGCUGAGGCAUGCAGUGCUGAAGAGGAGCUGUGGAGUCUGCAGCAUCAGCAGGAUGAGCUGAUGGAGAUGAUGAGGGAGGCCGUGGAGGAGAGGGACGCAUGCAGGGAGGAGCUGGAGGUACUCCGGGACCACUGUGCCGCCCUGGAGGAUGAGAGGAGUCAGCUUCUGAGCAGGCUAGAGGAGGAGAAGGAAGAGAAAGCUAGCUUCUCAACCCUGUGUGACCAGCUGAAGUGUGAACUGGAGAAGCUGAAAAAAGAGACGGAUAGAGGAGGGAGAGAAGACAUUGCUGUUGGAGAAGAGAGACGCAAGCUGAAGAGUCUGCGAUUCAAGGUGGGCCACCUGCUGGUCUCCUUCAUUCCUGCUCUCGACCUGCAGCAGGUGGACUUCAAUAGUGAGGUCAUUGACAAGCUCCUCGACCAGGUCUUAGAGGAGGUCCGUUUAACGCAACUUAAAGCUGCAUAGCAUCACAUUUGAGCCAUUAUUUCUUUAUGAUUAGAUGCGAAAUAGCCUUGUUACAUUGUUCUGGCAGCCUGAGAUCAGCAGUAUAUAUAAGGCAUUUAAGAUUGUGACUCUUCCUGGGCUCAUGUAAUUAUUGUAACAGACUAUAAAUGUUUGAGUUUUCACUGCGCGUUAUUUGGUAAAAAUUAAACAAAAGUAUUAUUGCAAUGUAACUGCUUUAUAUUAUAAAAAGAUGUUUCUUUUACAUUGUGUUAAGUCAUAUCAUGUAGGUAAAUGUUUUAUUGCUUAUUUUUCUGAUUUGUAAAAUGUAAAUGACAAAAAUAAAGAUGUAAUUUUUCAUAUACCUCAAGCUGAGCUACGUAAUGAAAAACAAAAUGUCAGAUGGUUACAGGUAAUUACAAAGCCUCUGCUAAGCUUUUGUGUUGGACUUCAUGUCAUAUUCUGCCAGCCCUUUGAAGAACCUCUUUCAAAAUACCCAGUACGAGAUGAAUCCACUGAACAUGUUACUAUGGUUACCUGUUAGAGACAUUUAACAUUUUAUUAUCAUCCAUUCAGACAUGAUAUUCAGG